AUGAAUACACUUGCCAAACUUCAGAUCAGUGAAGACUCGAAAAUCGUUAUUACUCCCAUCAUUAUAAUUUUAAGAAUUAUAUUAGAGCCUACACUAUUAUAUCUGCUUUCUUCACAAAGGCAGCAACAGUUUCUAAUAGAAUAUUGAAUAUUUUUUCAAUGUUUAUUAUACGCAACUGAGUUUCUCAAUCUUUUUGAUAGAUACAGUCACAAAUUCGCAAACUUCAAUAUAACUGGAAAAUUUCCAUUCCUUCUAAGCAUAUACAUCCUGUUUUGAACUAUUUUUUAUAAAGUUCUAAUUGAAGAUGUUUUGUUGCUUGAUGCCGCUCUUCCUAUAUACAUACUGUUUUGAACAUAUACAACCUUUUUACUUUCAUUAGUAGGGUACUUUUUAAAAGAACUCUUCGAAACAGCAAAGUUUUCAUUUCAUGCUUAUGCUUUAUUUGUACUCAUGCUCGCUAUUAAAGAAGUUUCUCUGUAUUCAUGGUAUAUAAUUAACGGCUUUAUUUAUUUUUUAUUUAGGCUUUGCAUAUUUACUACUAUCAUCACAGGUGUUAUCGGCGCAGGAGCUCAAUUUUUAAAAAUAUUUUAUGCACAAUUUUCAAGUACUCAUGAUUUUAUAAAAGCUUCGAAAGUGUUUAUUAAUGAUUGGUUGGCAUCUGACACAAAAGGUCUUGCAAAAUGCUAUACAAAAACAUUUGAAAUGCUUUUUAAAAUGAAUGGAAUUAUCCAAAUAAAAUUUGACAAAGCAUUUUUUCUUAAAAAUACUUAUCUUAUAGAAUGAUAUUUAAAUUUGGCUAUUUUUUGACUUGCCUUUCUAUUGCCUCUAAGAGAUGGAUUUUCGCAUUGUAGACGUAAUGAAUACAUUUGACUAAAUGCUUUUGCAAUGUUAUUUAUGGCAGAGAUGAUUUAUCAUUGCUUAGCACUAAUUUUAGGAUUAUAA